AUGACUACAAGAGCGGAAUCAAGAAUUUCGACAUGUUUGCUGGUGUGUAUCCUGGCUCUGGUGGCUCCCACACUGGCGGGAAGCACUUUUUACAGGCGUGCAGCCCCGUUUCCAGAGCUGUCAUUACAAAGUAAUACUACUAUCCGAUCUUUGAGCUCUGCAGUAUCUUUGAGUGCAUCAGCAACCAGUGCUGGCUCUCUGGUUUCUUCUGCUGUCACAUCAUCACUGCCAUCUCUGGCGACCCAAGAUUCAGCUGAGUCCAGUAAUUUGCAAUCGCCUUCAUCGAUCACUCUCCCGACAAGCACCUUCUCUGCCGUUCUGCCUUCGAGUGUUCAAACCACCAGCGGGCUUUCUAUACCCUCUUCAUCAUCCAUUCAAAGCUACAGCGACCCUGAUAGCGUCGUAACGUCCUCUUCCACGGGCAGUUUAGCUAAAAAGUUCUCGCAAUCGAUGGCUGCGAACUUAGCGGUAUCUAUUGCAGAAUCCGUCACUACUGCGGGCAGUAGCGCCACAUUGGGCGAACCUUCAAGCCCAACGAGUCCAUCAAUAAUUGUCAGUGACUCCUCAACAUUAGAUCCAGAUUCUGGUAGUCAGCAGCCCACCUCUGUAUCGUCAUCUAGUCCCACGCUAGUGAGCUCUACAGAAAGCUCCUCGUCAGAUGAAAUACCUUCCAGUACAAAUGAUGUCUCGACACAGGCACCAUCGCACUACACAACGUAUACGGACUCUACCGCAGGAGCAGAGCAAGAGUCAUCCAAGAGCGAUACGCAGGUCAGUUCUCCAGGGAACGCUUCGCCUUCCACCUUUACAAGCCCUUCGACAAGUGCGUCCACUUCUCAAAAUUCUGAGAGUAUUCAGGAGGCCACCGCAUCGUCGCCGCUUGGCGCCGGUGGUGCCACCAGUACACCAAAAACGUCGGAUACUGAGCAAGUGUCUUAUUCGACAAUGGACUCACAAGUGAACGACAACAGCUCCCCCUCGUCCACAGUCAACACACAGACGCGUAGUUCAGACCCGACUGACGGAUCUUCUAUUGAAAUUACGAGUUCAUCAACAGCGUCUAUUGAUACGACAGCCACCCCAGAAUCCACCAAUUCACCUUCUACAACAAAACAAUCUAGCGGUGAUGGUUUCAUUCCGCCAACAACAAGUACUACCUCGGCAGCUAAAAGUACCGAGGCUGCAUAUGAUACUGAAUCUUCUACCAGUUCAAAUCCUUCAUCUACACAAAAAACUCGAAUAUCUUCUACUGUUGGGUUUCCCAGUACUGAUGCCUCUUCAGAAUCUACUUAUAAUUCGCCAUCUCUAACCGAUUCCUCUACCCAAGAAGACUUUUCGACUGGCAGCGUUACUAGCUCAUUUACCUCUAGAGAAGCGCACACGACUAAUGAUUCACCCACGGCAACGCAGUCGCGCAUGGAUAUACGCACUGAUACCACCAAACCUGAUCGUCCUUCUACUGUCUCUUCUGUUAAUCCUGCGGUCGACAGUUUUAGCCCAGGAAGCACCAGUGGUACUGAGAUGCCCACAUCUCACUCUGCUACCGCGACUCCUACCACGAUCGGUCCUUCACUUGAAUCGGAGGCCUCAAGUUCCAAUUCGCCCUCUGCCAGCGCUUAUGAUAUCCCGCCCACAUCGACCGCGAAAGCACCUACUCCUUCUGCCCGUACCCCUACAUCGACAGAAGUCUCCUCAGUCCCUUCACCAUUAGCCAGUGCUCCGAAUUCGUUGUCUACCGAUGAGACUUUAUUACCAUUCUCUUCCAGUUCCGAUUCGUCCGGCCCGACUUCGCUUGAAGCAUCAACUGGAACGUACAAUCAGCCUACAUCUACGACUAGUACGGAUCUACAAUCCGUUGCAAGUACCGUAAUAGCAUCGUCGAUAAGGAAUACCGGAAUCCUAGGUGGUACAUCAACUACUAGCUCAUCCUCAACAGCGGAUGUUGGUUCGAAGUUGAAUACUAUAGUUGGCGCAAGCUCAGAGUAUACGGCUAGAAGCGCGGAAAGUGAUUCUAGCAGUCUUACUGCUGAGGCUAUAUUUUCUACCAAAUCUCAAACCUUGCCAUCAGUCAGUACUGAAAGCCCCGCUCGAAGUACUGGCACCUUUCCGAAAUUAACGGAGAGUAGCAAUAGCGACAAUUUCAGAACUGCUUCAACUCCGUCUCUUCUGCUACCCAACACACAGUCAAGCACAGAAAGCGUUUAUUCUGAACCGAUCGUUCUCUCACAAAGUACCUCAUCCGACGCUUUGUCCUCACCUUUACAUUCGAACGAUGUAUCGGGAUCGCUUACAGGCGUACCAUCGAUCACCGGUAGCCAGGAAUCUCUUCCCGCCUCUUCUUCUACCUUCACUUCUGCCUCUCUUUCCAAUCAAAAGGCCUCUUUCGUCACCACAAGUGCGCAGGCUUCACACGAAAGCGGGUUCUCGACUCUUUCCACAUUUUCUUUGGCGUCAAAAUCACUUUCUGGAAGCUUACAAAAGGUAUCGCAAGGUCCAAUCGAACAAACUAUUUCUCAAAGCACAUCUGACUCUCUCCCUACUUUCUUGACCUCCUCGAAUUCGAUGUCAAUGACGAUCUCGCACGUCGGGACGGAGUUGCAAACAACUUAUUCCGUAUCCCAGUCCACAUCUUCUCCUUUGAUGGAGACUAGCUCGCUUGUUUCUUCACAUCGAGGGACGCAACCUGGCAGUCUCACAGGCUCUACUUCCUAUUCGCUGCCGAAUUCUGGAGUCACGAAUACACCAUCCAGUAUUCGUCCUUCCCUCGCCUCUGAGUCUUUGAAUGUUGCUACUUACAAAGAAUCAUCAUCCCGAGAGGUUCCAUUUGUGAGCAGUGGGACUGUCACGCCUUUGGGAAGCUUUGAACAAUCAUCGUCGUCGAAUGCCCACUAUCUUUCCUCACAAUUUUCUCAGUCGGAGACUUCCUUUUUAGAUUCGACAAUUAGUGGCUUGACGAGUGCCACAUAUUCCACAAACCCAAACACGGGAUCUUCCGAUGGUGCUUCAGCUUCUUUUGGAGGAUCAACAGAAGGUCUGGGCUCUACGACCUCCGUUAUGACAUCUGAUGUCGUUACGUCUUCUGGUCACUAUUCCGUCGCGAGCAGUGUUCCAAAUAUGGAGAGCUCAAAAUCCGCCCAAUCUGCCCAAUCCGUCCAAUCUGACUUUCAAAGCAGUCUGCCAUCGGCUACUAUAAGAUCCCGUGAGAGCGAUCAACACUCACAACUAACAAACCUCGUAUCCUCAGCUACAAUGACUGAAGAGCGAUCGUCUUUCGCGCAAACACUUCUUGCAUCUACCGCAUCUUUGGCGGGUACCACGCCAAGCGAUUAUAGAGCUUCUGGUUCUAUUUUGACCGCGACUGAAGGAUCUCAGAGCUCUACAGGUUCUUCGGCAUUAAUCACCAGUGGGACUCUCGUAUCAGGGGAGACACAUGCGACAGGUGAAGUAUCGGCAUCAUUUGCAUCACAUGGACCGUCAUCUUCCUCGGAAGGCCCAAUUAAUCCAACAACAUCGAAUUGGCUCCCCUCUAGCCUUGUCACGGCGCCGCCCUAUGAGAGUGCCAGUCAACGAUCAAGUUUUGACGCCAAGGCAACAGCAACUCUCCCACAAGUAAUAUUGCCCACAGCUCCCGUUGAUCAGCCACACAACUACUCACAAAUUACAGUGGGUUUCAAACGGGCCUUGAAUUACCCUUUCCUAAUCGACAAUCCCCUUGCCUCAGCCCAGAUUUUCAGCUUUCUUCCUGACAUCUUGACGUAUCCUUUCACGAAAUGGCAAGACCAUCAUAAAAAAGCUAACAUGAGUGUUCAAUUUGAAAACUUGGCUAUGACCUCAAGCACAACGGAACAGAGCAAACCCCUGGGUUCCAGAUUCGAAACCCGAUCUGACGACAUUUAUCGAAGAUCUGCCAUUACGACUGCCAUAGAAGCUAGAUGGGGUGGUAAUUUUUCCGAUGCUUUUCAAGCCAACUUUUCUGGCGUCGCUGUCAGUGAAAUUAUGCCAUUGAUAGUUGCUGGAGACAAUUACAUCAGUUCUAUUGCUGUCGUUUACUUCCCUACAGAUGCCAUUAGUGUUUUGCAGAGAAUGGUCCUGAAUAAUAAUUCCAGAGUAUAUUCAAACCCUGAUCCAGCCUUGCGAUCUUUGUCACUGCUGAUAAAUCCCACCAUUCCUCUCACAGGGCUUAUUGACCCAACACUUUCGGGAUCUGGUGGCUCUUCAGGAGGAUCAAGCUCUUCACCAGGUAUUGGGGGUGGUGGCACGGGCGGUUCUAGUACCGGCUCAGGAAAUGAAUCGACUAAAGGUGAAUCAGGGGUGCUAAAUGGCUACAGUCUUUUUAAAGUGACUUUUAGCAAAGCAAAAAGACUUCUCAUAUUCAUACCAAUUUUCCUAUUUUUCCUAGCAACUUGGGUCUUAAUCUCAUUCGCAUUUUUCGGCCGCCUCUUCAAGUUACCUCCAAUCAGGCAGCGCCUUGAGCUAAAGGAGAAAGCAUGGAACGUAGAUGGUAGGACUGCUCAAGACUUUUUCAUGGCCCCAUUUAGUCGACGUCCGUCGCGCAUAUCAAGAGACUUAGAAAAGUAUCUUCACAGUAACAGUUUCCCUGAUGGUAACAGUAGCUCGGAGUCUUAUGAAGAUGACGAUUUGAUACCCAUGGGGAACAAUAUGGUGUUCAGCAGAAGCACUGGCUUGUAUUAUCAAACGGAUGAGGACGGUAACUUCUACUUUGCCGGAACACCUGCUAAUGCUGAUAUUCCAGCUUUAGAUACGGAUGAAAGCGGUACACAGUUGCAGGGCGAUGAAAAUGAUCCAGUCACUGAGGAACAGCACUCAACCUCAAUCACACAAUCUCGUCAGGUUUCGGAGCUAGAUGAGCUGGACGUUGACGAUGAAGGAAACGUUGAGCUGUCAGUCUUGGAUUUCGAACGAUUUUCUCUGGACAAGAACAAUACUGACACUUUUGAAAGUUACAAUAAUGAAAACUUUUAUAAGCUGAAUCAGUUUCUGGCCAAUUUGUCCGACUCGGAAUAUGCACAGUCACCGGCACAUUUAACAAGUACCGGGACGCGCGAAGCAGAUUCUAACAGCAACAGCGGAUCCAAAGCAAACAUUCUGUCAGAUGAAUCUUUGAAUCUAAUGGGACAGCUCUCCACUGAAGACGAAAACUUCGAAGACUAUUUCUACAGUGAAGAACAUGGAAGCGGGCUUGUUCCUGAUGCUGCUAGCACAGGACAAUAUUCAGAGGACCUACCAAAUGACGAAUUCUUGGAAGGUGCAGAUGACGUUGACGACUUCAACAUUGAUUCCGCAUCAAACAGUGACGACGAUGAAGUAAACGAUGUCCAUGUGGGCGAAUUUGAUGAGUUGGAUGAAGUGAUGUACCGAAGAUUAUCGACUGCCAGUGGCCUGACAGGGGCUUUAGGAGGGUCUUCGAGUUCUAAUACGUUUGCGAGUAGCAUUCCGCAGAUCCAGUCUUCAAGCCGGGUAUCGUCGUUCGGGAACACACACUCCCAUUCUGGGCUUUCUGCGAAUUCUGCUACUGGUUUUUUUGACAGCGCUAGAAGCGCGCCCCAAGCGGGACACAUUUCCGACGAGGGUGGGCGUCCGAAACGACCUCCAAGACCGGCCUCAAUCAUUAGUCUUGAAAGAGACGAUGAGACGCAGUUGACGCAUGCAAGGCUCGCAAUCGACGAAGAAGCAUUGCCAGAACGUAGGGAAACAAGAGAUUCAAGAACCGCAAAGGUCGGGGAUUCGAAACAGAGGUCCGCUGAGAAAAACUCGCUCAAUGUCCAGGAAAGAUCCCGUAGCGCUACUGCGACGGGCCAGGAAAACUCUAGACGGGCGAGCUUCCGUCGAUCUAUUGCCUCCACGUUGCAUGGCGCCAACAUUUUCCAUGGAAGUGGUCGGGCACGAUCGUCUACGGUUCACGAGAUGGGACCUCACGGGCAUACCAAAAAUGCUCUGCAUAAAAUACAAAUAUCGGGACCCAUAUCUUCAGAAAAUUCUUUGGGGUGGGCCGAUAAUUAG